UGCAGUGAAGAGAAUGGUUUCAGUUCGGACCAGGAACGUUUUUGUCAGCUCCAUCCGGACCAUGUGAGCACCAUCUUCAGAGCGACAGAAAUGGCGGCAGACGAAUGCUUCCAACAGUUUGGCGGGAUGAGGUGGAAUUGUUCGCUGCUCUCGCGAGGCAACAAGAGCUCAUUCAUGACACUGCCCGACUACUUGCCGGACGGCUGCAAAGAGGCGAGCAUUUUAAAAGCUUUCUUCUCUGCCUCGAUGACGUUCAACGUGGCGCGCGCCUGCAAAGAUGGCCAGCUGCCCCAGUGUGGGUGCAGCAGGAGAGAGAAACCACGCCAUCUUCCGGCAGAAUGGGUGUGGGGAGGAUGUGGCGAUAAUACUGAGUAUGGCUUCAAGUUCGGUGUCGGUUUCGUCGAUUCGAGAGAGAGGGAGAUGAACUAUCCGAGGUAUUCACACGAAUUGAAGAUCAUGCUUUCCAACCUUCAUAACAAUAUGGUUGGCAGAAGGACAGUUGUUGGUCUGAGCAAAGCAAGUUGCAGAUGCCACGGAGCUUCGGGUUCCUGCAGCAUGAAAACGUGUUGGCACCAGAUGGCGGAUUUCAACGAAAUUGCCAGAGAGUUGAAGUUCAAGUACGAAAACUUGCCUCACCUUGUCAAAUUUAACAACGCGGGAACCAAUUCUGAUUAUGAAAACAUCGAUAACGACGACAACACUCAACAACAACCGGCAACUGACACCAGUUCAAACAGACCAACCAGAGACACACUCAUCUACACGGAACCAUCGCCAGAUUUUUGUGAGGCACUGACUAAUACGAGCUGGCCAGGAACUCACGGAAGACAGUGCAAGAGAGGCGAACCAGGCAGCGAGGGAUGCGAUUUGAUGUGCUGCGGUCGCGGCUACAAUACCUUCAGGGAAAAAGUUACCGAGCGAUGUCGAUGCCAUUUCGUCUGGUGUUGCUCUGUGCACUGCAGUACCUGUGAGAAGUACAUUGACGUGCAUGUCUGUAAAUAAACAUCAUCUUCUUUAAAUUAUUAUUUCGUUUUUGCAUUCACUUUUUCAUUUUAUUGAUUGUAAAUCUUCAUUUUUUUCAUCAACUUGUUGGCUCUGCUGUAUUAUUUUUGUCAUUUAACUUCUGUUCACGCACAUUUGAUACAAAAGAUGAAGUAUAGACAGUCGAAAAAUCAAUGGACCAACUGAACAGAAUAUUUGCGUAGCAUCAGGUUUACACUGCUGCCUGCCAUCCAAUGUUCUUUCAAGUGCGUCUCACAGACGUCAAUUUGAUCUGCUGGUAACGUUACGGAGACGCUUUCAAGAUUUUGCCAGCAGCACAACUUGAAAUAAAUACUCACGGAGAUUAACAUUAGAAUAUGUUGUAGGGAGAGGCUUUUGUUUUCAAUUGAUGAACGUUCUUUGAACUUUAUUAAAUUUCAUAUGUAACUUUGAACAUCCAUGCAUAAAUAAUAACGUUCUGUCGUCAAGUUUCAUUUCGUUGAAGGCAUGUUCCAACACAUGAUGCCAUCUCUUACUUUUGCAUUCUUAUAACGUACAGGCAAUGAAAAACAAAACACGCACAUGUAACACAAACUGCA